UCUCCGAUAAAGAAGAAACUCGUGGUGGGGAGUUUUAUUUGAUUUGUUUCGUGCGCGAGUGUGACGAAAGGCAUCGCAUUUCGAAAUCAUUCUCAAAUGAUCGCGGAGUGUGACAAAAAUAUGCGGGUUUGUUGUAUCGGAGGGUGAAUGUUAUGCAGCGAAAGGGUGGGGGAGGAAUUGUUGACGGAGGAAGGACGAGACAAAGAGGUGAGAGUCUUCGGGGGGUUUUCAAGGGGCAGUUAUGGUUAAACCGUACUUUGGGAAGCUGCUGAGUGCUGUCGGGACACUGGCUCAGUACACGUGCAUCACGCACUGUGUUUUUGAGUACGUCGGAGAUUUUAUUGUGUGUACAGGACCUUCAAUGGAGCCGACAAUCUACAGUAAUGACAUUCUCUUUACUGAGCACAUCACCCCGCGUCUUCUAAAAUUGAAAAAAGGUGAUAUUGUGAUAGCGAAAUGUCCAUCAAACCCUCGCCAACAUAUUUGCAAAAGAAUCAAGGCUGUGGAGGGCGAAAUGGUCCGCCGCGGAUUCACAACAUAUAUAAUUCCAGAGGGUCAUAUAUGGCUGGAAGGUGACAAUAGCAGUAACUCAGCGGAUUCCAGGCAGUAUGGACCGGUUCCGCAGGGUCUAGUACGUGCUCGAGCUAUCUGCAAGGUCUGGCCGCCCCACGAUAUCACAUUACUCACCACAAAGUGCGUUAAUCCGGACUGAUGUUACAAAGGAAAUGUUGAAUAAAUAAUUAAAUUUUUUGGUUAACAAAAUGUAUGUAUUGUAAUAAAUUUCAGUAAUUAUGUGUUCAAAAUCAGUAAAAUGUUUAUCAUUAAAUGAAUAAAUUCUUCUCUCUUUGUUCGGAA